GCACACAGCCGACAGCUACCACCGUCCGUCCUCCUCACUUAUUACUCUCCCUCUCUCCCCCAUUCAAUCAUUCAAUCAAUCAAUCAAUCCCCUUCCCCACUCACAAUCCCUAGUACAGUAGUACAGUAAAUCGGAGCUGCCGGAGGCGCCGGACGACCGCCGGACCUCCUUCUCUCCGGGUCCAGCCAGCGCAAGGGCAGCCACGCGCGGCCGGUCCUCACCUUGACCCCCCCUGUGUUGAGCUGAGCUGGUCGACGAGCCUGCCCUGCCGCCGCGCGAAUCACAAGGCGGCGCCGCCGGCCUCUCCGACCCCGUCUCCAGGCUUCAGCGUCAAGGAUCUCACACAAGUAGAGUAUAUGCACCUGCUCGUCCAUGUCCUCUUGGUACCAUUAUCUUCUCCGCCACUGUUGUACUUCUGCACUUGUGACUGCAUCCCUUCCUCUUGAUUAUCUUUCUGGUUUGCUCGCUUUGGGACAACACUCACGAGAUCUGAUUCCUCUCCAGGUUCAGCACCAAGGAUAUCACUGUGGGGGGUGUGCUACUGCUACGAUCUCUCAAGUUUGGUUGCUUGGGAAAACUCUGGUGUCGAGGUUAAGGGCUCCGAGAUCUGAUUCCUCUCCAGGUUCAGCACCAAGGAUAUCACUGUGGGGGGUGUGCUACUGCUACGAUCUCUCAAGUUUGGUUGCUUGGGAAAACUCUGGUGUCGAGGUUAAGGGCUCCGAGGUUGCGUUUACUGUCUUGCAUUUCACCCACGUUUGGUCGCUUACCGCCACAGUCUUCAUCUUGGUUGCCAGUCAACAGCACCAGCUGGUAAAUUCUCUGGUUCUGCGGUUAAUUAGUUCUGCCUGUGCUGCAGUUGUGGUUCUGGACCAGGACAAGGUGACGGACCCCUUCAUACUGAUCUCUGGUCGCUUGGGAGAACACUGGUGUUGA